AUGUGGCCCGCCGCGGCUGUAGGGCCCUGGAGCGCGCCUGCCGUCCUCCGAGAUGGAGCUGGCUGAGCGGUUUCUGUUGGACGCGCUCGCCUACUUGGAAUGCGCCCUGGGUGUCCUGUUCUCCGUGCUGCUUGAGGUGGUGGGUUUGCCCUAUGGGCGCUACACGUCGCCUGGCUCCGCCUGGCAACUGUCGGCCACCACCGCCUGGGUGGUACAGGAGCUGCCCUCGCUGGUCGUGCCACUCUUCGUGUGCGUCGCCACGGCUGCCGAGCGCCUCCGCCGCUGGCCGAACCGCGUCCUCCUGGCCAUGUUUGUGGUCCACUACAUACAUCGGUCUCUGAUUUUCCCAUUCCUGAUCCGAGGAGGAAAGCCGACAUCAUGGUACGUGUGCGUAAUGGCAUUUGUGUUCUGCACCUAUAAUGGCUACUUGCAAAGCAGAUACCUAAGCCACUACGCCGUGUAUGCUGACGACUGGGUCACCGACCCCCGGUUCCUCGCAGGUUUUGUCCUGUGGCUCACGGGCAUGCUGAUAAACAUCCACUCCGAUGGCAUCCUGAGGAACCUCAGGCAGCCAGGGCAGACCGGGUACGGAAUCCCGAGGGGAGGCCUGUUCGAGUACGUGAGCACAGCCAACUACUUUGGGGAGGUGCUGGAGUGGUGUGGCUACGGCCUGGCCAGCUGGUCCGUCCAGGGUGCGGCUUUCGCCCUGUUCACCUUCUGUGUCCUGCUCUGCAGAGCGAGGCAGCAUCACCGGUGGUACCUUGAGAAAUUUGAAGAUUAUCCGAAGUUCCGAAAAAUUAUGAUUCCGUUUUUGUUAUAAGUCCAUUGUCAAUGGAAUUAUCUUUGACUUGAGCUUUUCGAUGCUGUUUCUCUAGGGAUUAUGUAAAUGAAUUGCUUCUCUGUAAUUUUUGUCUUUUUCAAGAUUCGCUUUAAGAAUGAUUUUCUUGGUACAUUUGUAAGCUACAUAAUAACAAACUAAUCAAACUGAAAUGCAGGUCGAAGGUUAUACUGUAUACAGGGCAGGAAUCUGGUAGUUACUGCUGGCCGACCCUCUCAUGAUGCACAGCUAAGUGCCCAAGACCAGGAUGCAUGAGCCAUUUUCGGUGUCCUCUAUGGACCAAAACUUCCACUACCCCAUGUACAGCCCCCUACAACUGUUGGUUCAAGGUCAAAGAUGAUGUCCCCUCCCCCCAUAGAGGCGUGAUCAGUCUUCAAGGUCCCUCCCAUCCUGCUGGGGUACCCACGGUAUAGUCACAGACUCAGGGAAGGUCGUGGGCUCUCCCCGCUGGGUGCUGUGCUGGCAGGGAGCGUGGGAUAGAGAGGAAGCUCCCUAGGGAGGCUGGGUGAGGCCCGCACCGAAGGCUCCUGGCCGCUGCUCCAGCCUGGCUCAUCAGGUGACUGUGCUGGCCGGGCCGGGCGCUGGGGCAUUUGUAAGGAGCAGGCUGCUUGUCCCCCACAAAAGAGACUUUGUGAAGGCCCCACGGUGGGAGAGCGUACAGGUACAGGGGGGCAACCUCCCCCCUCCCUGCCCCCAGCCUCGGAUGGCACCCUAUGAGCCAUCAGUAUUCUCUGGCCUGAGAUGCCUUUUCUUCUUUUUCUUCUAGGUAGAAGUAGGAUUUUUAAAAGCACUUUUUCUUUGAAGUACCUUGGUAUUGCAAAACGAUAUCUUGAAACAGAAUUUCUUACUCUAGAAGCACUGGAAGGAUCCGCUGAGAUAAAUGGCAGUAAUAAAAUUCACUACUCUUGUGAGAUAUUGAGAAGCCAACUCCAGUUAGAGGGAUGUCGCAUCUCUCGGCCCUCUGCGAAAAUCUAAUGACGUUCCUCUCCCGGGACAGCACUGCCACGUUUGCAGAAGUCGAAUCUGAAAGAGACGUGGAAAUGAAGAGGCUUUGUUCGUUCACGUCCGAGCCGCUGGUGGUCCUAGGUGGCAGGAGUCCUCCAGAGCUGGGCUGUCAGCUCAUCCUUUGUCCCUCUAGUCCUCCAGGUCCCCAGGCCCUCAGCCCGCAGCUUCCCCACCCUCCUCCUGGCUCGCCUGCCGAGCAGGGCUCCCUCCCUCACGGGUUUUCAUGUAAAAACUAUUAGUCUCUUAGGUGUUUAGAAAUACCCAGAAAACUUUUUCUGAUGCAACUGUGCAUCCUUCUUACAUAAAAAAAAAAAAAAAAAAUUGAACGUUUUUGCAGAGAAAUUUUAUUAUUGAAUGAACUUUGGCCCCUUUUUCUGACCAAAUAAUUGCUUGAAACCAUAAAGCAACACAUAUUUUGGAUCUCAGGGAAAGUCGGAAGUCUGAGCCAAUCCUGACCGACCCGGGCCCUGUGUUCUGGAAGGCACACCUGGCCAGAGGCCGCGUGUCUGCGCAUCAGGGAUGGUCGCUGGGCUGUCACUUCUGCUGGUCCUGCUCUUGCUCCGCGGCGGCCCCCCGGGCACAGUUUGGGUUAACUCAAGGUUCGACGCAAGCUUACUGCCUUCCCGCACGCACCGAACAGGUGAUUGACAUAGGAAGAAAGCCCGUUUCAUCUUGUCGCUCUGCCCUCCAAUUCCUUAUAACGUAGUAGAUUGUCAUCAGUCUCUGUGUUAAUUAUACUGAUCGAGGGGCUUAAUAAAGGUUUACUGUUUAAAAGCUCAA